GUCCGUUUAUAACAGCGGCGGUCGGGUAUCCUGCUGGCUGCUGGCUGGAACCUGUUGCUCUGUAGUUCCGUGUUGUGCAAUGGACGGCAGUGUCCACCACGAUAUAUCAGUUGGUACUAAGAGAGGAUCUGACCAGCUUUUCUCCAGCGUCUCCAACAGCCCGUAUAUCAUGAGCACCACAGCCAAUGGCAAUGAUAGCAAGAAGUUCAAAGGUGACAUAAGAGGUCCCACCGUACCGUCUAGGGUCAUCCAUAUUCGCAAGCUUCCCAACGAUAUCGCAGAGACCGAGGUGAUCAGCCUCGGCCUGCCCUUCGGAGACGUCACCAACCUGCUGAUGCUCAAAGCCAAAAAUCAGGCCUUCUUAGAGAUGAACUCGGAGGAAGCAGCUCAGAGCAUGGUGAGUUAUUACUCAACAGUGAUGCCCAUCAUCAGGCAUCACCCGGUCUACGUCCAGUUCUCCAACCACAAGGAGCUCAAAACUGACAACUCCCCCAACCAGGAGAGAGCCCAGGCAGCUCUUCGGGCGCUCAGUACAUCUCAUGUGGACACGACGGUGCCGGCUCCAAGCACAGUACUGAGAGUAGUGGUGGAGAACCUGAUCUACCCUGUCACCCUGGAUGCCCUCUGCCAGAUUUUCUCAAAGUUUGGCACUGUGCUGAGGAUCAUCGUCUUCACUAAGAACAGUCAGUUCCAGGCUCUUCUGCAAUAUCCAGAUGGUGCAUCAGCCCAGGCAGCAAAACUGUCUCUGGAUGGACAGAACAUCUAUAAUGGCUGCUGCACUCUGAGGAUCAGCUUCUCUAAACUCACCAGCCUUAACGUCAAAUACAACAAUGAGAAAAGCCGAGACUUCACUAGGCCUGACCUGCCCACUGGAGAUAACCAGCCCACCAUGGAGCACCCAGCCAUGGCUACAGCUUUCACACCAGGUAUCAUCUCAGCUGCACCAUAUGCAGGAGCGACUCACGCUUUUCCACCUGCCUUCACCAUCCAACCUGCAGUGUCCUCCCCCUAUCCAGGCCUGACAGUCCCUGCUCUGCCUGGAGCCCUGGCCUCUCUGUCCCUCCCUGGGGCCACCAGGCUGGGAUUCACUCCCAUCCCUGCCGGACACUGUGUCCUGCUGGUCAGCAACCUUAACCCCGAGAGAGUUACGCCCCACUGCCUCUUUAUUCUCUUCGGUGUUUAUGGUGAUGUGAUGAGAGUGAAGAUUCUGUUCAACAAGAAGGAAAACGCGCUGGUUCAGAUGUCUGACAGCACACAGGCUCAGCUAGCCAUGAGUCACCUGAAUGGCCAGCGACUGCAUGGAAAGCCUCUGCGCAUCACGCUGUCAAAACACACAAGUGUCCAGCUUCCUCGUGAAGGCCAUGAGGACCAAGGCCUGACCAAAGACUACAGCAACUCCCCUCUGCACCGCUUCAAGAAGCCUGGGUCCAAAAACUAUUCCAACAUUUUCCCUCCUUCUGCCACCUUACACCUCUCCAACAUCCCCCCCUCUGUGGUUGAAGAUGAUCUCAAGAUGCUGUUUUCCAGCUCAGGAGCUAUGGUCAAGGCCUUCAAGUUCUUCCAGAAGGACCAUAAAAUGGCACUAAUACAGAUGGGCUCAGUAGAGGAGGCCAUUGAAUCCCUGAUCGAGUUCCACAACCACGAUUUGGGAGAGAACCACCACCUGCGUGUGUCCUUCUCAAAGUCAUCUAUCUGAGCCUGGCACUCCACCACCUGGAUACUCCUUGCUCCUCUGAGAGGGGACACUCCAAUCAUUCCAACGCACAUUUGCAGAAACUACCGUGAAGUCUGGUGUAAUGUUAAAUUAUUAUUAUUAUAUAUAUUUUUUAGGUUCUUUGCCUUCAAAGAGGAUUAGGGUUUCUAAAGAAAGUACUGUAGUUCUGAGAUUAUUCUCUGAAGUUCUGCAUUUAAUCUCAGAAGAUGGAGAAUAAAGUCAAUAUUCUGAGUUUGUCAGGGUUUUUGGAAUUAAGUAAGAAUUCUUAGAUUACUGUCAGAAUUUAGACAUUGUCCUCCUUGUUGUGAAGCUGUUACGUUUUAACCACUCUUGCCUUUUGACUUUAAUCCCAGAAUUGAGGAUUUCAAGUCAGCCUUCUAAAUUUAUUAUUUCAAAUUCUGACUUUGUUAACUCAGGAUAAUUUCUUUAAUCUCAGAUUCCCAAUUCUCAAAGUUUUUCAUGUGGCCCUAAUCCUUUUCUGUAGCUUCCCCCUUUUAAAGAAACAGCUCUGCCUGUAAAAUGCUAUCCUAUACAAUUUCAGAAAUUGUAGACUUAGCCUCAGGCUGUCAGCUCUUAAGAGAGAUCUCGUUAAGAGAAGUCUGGUUAGGCUAGACCUUCUGAUGAUCCCUGUGCCUUAUUUCUUGAGUCAGAAUGACCUCAACUUUGACAUGUAAAAAAGAAAAAAAAGAAAAAGCCUCUGUGAAUUGACAAAGAGCAGGUUUACAGAUGACAAAGGUUUACUGUUCAUGAGAUGUAUUAGAGCUGUAUCCAUAUUUUCUGUGUAUUUUAUUGGUGUUGUUUUCAGUCCUUUUAUGAUAGUGUUUUGUACUGCUGGAUACUGUAGUGUGAAACAUGUGAACUAAUUGUAUUUUAGCAGGUUUGCUGGGUCUGUAGUGCUAGAUGCAUUUUUUUCCUGUUUCUUUUUCACUUCUUUAUUUCCACAUAUCCAAUCAUGUUUUAAUCAAAUCAUAUAUUGUAGCAAUAUUUUAAUCAUUCCUAAACUUUUUUCGGUGUCUCAGUGAGUUUGGUUAUAUCUGCUGCCUUUUACAAUCCGCAGACAAAUGUUGUUUUUUUUCUUCUGUGUUUUGUCAGGUUUGCAAAUCAUGAUGUUAGUUUGUCUUGUCUGUUGUGUUGCCUCUCUGAAUGGUUGUAUUUAUAAGUUUGUGAUUCACUACAGCUGAAACCAAAAAUGGCCUUCUUGAUGCAAACAAAUCCACCUGCCUCAGGUUUCUGGUUUUAAGGACUAAAACAAAACAAAAAUGGUGAACUGGUUUUAGUGUUUUUUUCUCAGAAUCUUUUUUUAAUUUCUCAACCACUUCACUGGAUUCAGCCCACUGGUGUGACUUAAGACCCUGUUGCAAAAUCAUAUGUUAUGUGGAGUGCCUUGAAUACAGCACUGACUCAUACAUCAGGCAUUAAUUUCGCUUCAUUCUGAGAUAAAAGUUUGAUGGGGAAGAAGCCCCACAGCCCUCAGAAACCUACUGAAACCAGAAGACACUGGUUUGGUUUACUUGUGUCUUAUUAUUAUUAUUAUUAUUGGUAGUAGUAGUAGUAGUAGUAGUAAUAGUGGUAGUAGUUGUAUCAUGAUUAUUAUUCGACAUUCCAGUCACUCAGAUGUCCACCUUCAAAAAGACGAAGAUCUUUCAUUGUCUGAUCUGAAUGUUUCCUCUAAAUGAGCUGCUGAGGGUUUUUCCAGCCGUGAUGCAUUCAAUACACGUGGGGAGAGUUUGUUAUAUAAGACUUAGAAGUUUUACCCUCUUUCUUUUUCAGAAAAAAAUGUAUGUUGUACAUGUUGACAUGUCCUGUCUCAUUACAGUCAGGAAAAAAAGAAGCUCAAGUUGUUUUGCCUGAGUUUGGACAUGACAUGUCUCAAAUUACUCCAUGUUAAUCGCAUGUUAUAAAGGACCCUCCACACUGGAUUUCUGGUCUUUGACGGAUAAAAGUUGACCAUUGUGAGAAAGAAACUCAAUCCUAGAUCUCACUGAGAGACUAAAGACAUUCAGCAAAUUCUCACAGUCAGACUACUGCUACAACUCACAACCAUAAGCAGUGCAGACAUUCAUAUCCCCCAGUUUAGUUGGGAGAAAAAUUUUGGUUCUGGUUUUCAUAUAAAUAACAAAUAUUCGUUGCAAGUUUGGCUGCUAAUUCUGAUUAUCUGCCUGCUGGUCAGCCCUGGGUAGUUAGGACUAUACAUUGACUUUAACUGCCACCAAAAAUUUAUGCAGUUACCGAUACUGUUUACAAAAUCUGAGCCUCAAAUUGACAGACUGAGAUCAAAUAUGCUGAGCCUGUCUCAGUGUGAUGAACCUGUAAUGUGGCUGUUAUGGUGUGGAGGUGUCCUGUCAGAUCUUCAACUGAUGCUGUGAGCGAGUGCUUUCUCCUGCCAGAUAAAAUGGACCAAUGAAAAUGCUCUAGCUUGACGACAUGAAGACUUGUGCUUGGACAUGUUAUUUAUCGCUACGUAGACUGAGAGACAGGCCAGGAGGCAUUUCCCUUUAACCUGAACCUCAGAGAUUUAACAAUCUGUGUUUGAACACCUUCUCCAACGUGACUUGAAUGCAUCACAAACCUUUGGUGUCAUGUGCGAUGGGUGAGGCAGGAAUGGGACCAGUCAGUCAGUCAUGGGAGGGCAUUGUUCAACUGUACAUACGUGUUUUAUACCACAGUUUGGUGUCUGAGAGGUGAUUGUCGGUUUUCUAUCUGAUGAAACGUGUAUAUUUUGAUUAAAGUGCAACCGGUUCUGAGCCUUAAACUGUUGUAUCACAAAGAAAGACAAAAAAACCCCUAUUAAAUCACUUUUUAUCUAAAA